UGAUUAAUCUAUCGGUACCAACCAUGUUGUCGUUUGUGCUGAACUGCAAAGUGUCUAUUGCCACAAACAAUCACUGGGUAUGCUGGAUAUGCUCCAGUAUGCUAGCCCGACGCCCCUCCCAUGUUGCCCCGGUAUGCAAACAGCUGCCCAGCCAUGACUCUGCACAUCCAGGCCUCUGAGGACCGACCAGCCUGGGGGACAUUUAAACUUUAAAGGGCCAAACCGGACAGCUGGGUGGGGAGUGUACGUCCUAGAUUCAGUCCUCACACACAGUAAAGACUAAGAGGACCUGAGGAGAGUUUAUUAAUUCAGCCCUUUAACACACCACGGACUGUCCACAGCUUAUCUCCUUCAUAAGACUGAGGAAGCCCAAAGAAUAUUUUCUCUCAUCUACAGUCCUUCUCAGUUUUUAUUUAUCUCCACCAUGGGUGCAUUCAUCGCCAAGAUGCUGCUUCCGACCGUCAGCAGCCUGGUGUUUUUGCCCGCCGCCAGCGUGGCCGCCAAGAGGGGCUUCCACAUGGAGGCCAUGGUCUACUUCUUCACCAUGUUCUUCACCGUGAUCUACCAUGCGUGUGAUGGACCGGGCCUCUCCAUCCUGUGUUUCAUGAGGUACGACGUUCUGGAGUACUUCAGCGUUUACGGCACGGCUCUCUCCAUGUGGGUCACGCUGAUCGCUCUGGGCGACUUCGAUGAACCCCAGCGCUCCAGCAUCACCAUGUUCGGAGUGUUGUCCAUUGCAGUGAGGAUCUACCAGGACCGCUGGGGCUACGGGAUCUACUCCGGACCCAUCGGAUCGGCCGUCUUCAUCAUCACUGUCAAAUGGCUGCAGAAGAUGAAGCAGCUGAGGGCGGUGUAUCCAGAGAAGAAGGUGUACACGCAGCAGGUCGGUCCGGGCUGCUGCUUCGGUGCUCUCGCUCUGAUGCUGCGUUUCUACUUUGAGGAGUGGGACUAUGCCUACGUCCACAGCUUCUACCAUCUGUCUCUGGCGGUGUCCUUCGUCCUGCUGCUGCCAAAGAAGAACCGCUACGCAGGGACGGGACGAAACGCCGCCAAGCUCAGCUGCUGGGCUCUCUGCUGCUGCUCCAUGUCCCCGGGUACUACUAAAGAGAAGACAGACAAGACGGCGAAGAAGAAGAAGAAGUCUUCGUCUCGGACCGUGUGGACAAUCCCCACCGAGAAGCUGUGGACGCGACGCUGCAGCACCCCCAUCCUGCCUCUUUACAACCCCCCACCCUCCACGCCCGUCAAAGGGACCAGCAUCAGCAAGCUCAAAGAGAUGAACGGCUGGAAGUGAACCUCUGACGUAGGAGGAGGGUCUUCAUCCUGAAGAACGAAGGCGUACGGUAGCGGUCGGAAAAUCACCAAAUAACUGUCAGCCAAAAUGCUGAUAAACUUGUACGUGGCUGGUAAGUUAAUCUUCUUCAGCAGGAAACCAACCAUCAUGUGGACGUUCCUUUCUACUCCAAAAAAAAAACAUUUUUGGCUGGUAGAAUAUUUAAGGUCAGCGAGCGACUUUAGGAAUCCACCAGCGUCUGCAUAGCUAGCAGGUAAAAAGACACACAAGCACCCUGAUGUGGUUAUAAAAUUUAAGGAGCAAGAACAAAAAAGGCGAAUCAGGCCUCAGGUGCCCUCGAAGACCUGACGAGAACACAUCUGUCCAACGCUACGAAAGAACACACAGCACGGACAGGGAGACGGUGGCUGAGACAAGCCAGUAAAACUGACUGGAAAAUUUACGAGGAGAACAAACAGGCAGAUGGUUUAUCUCUCCAAAAUAUAUAAAUUGUCUUUAGAAAUGUUCCUCGGGGGAGACCCUUCGUCUGCUCGCCUCUGUCUGUCCUGUCCGUCCCCCGUCCCCCUCCUCCUCUUCCUCCUUCCUCGUCUCUCUCUCAGGGAAAAGGAAGCACGCGGCUGAAUUUGUUUAUGAGAAUUACAAGACUGUAAAGCACAUUUUAUACGUCCUCGAGGUGCCAAAUGUGUCGUGUGGAGCAUCAGACGUCGGAGCGGCGUCGGCCCAGACGUCCGUCUGUAACCCGACUGGAGCAUCUUGAUGUGUUUCUGUAUCAGCAGGUGGACUCUGUUAACUCUGGUUCACCGACGGAGCAGCGAAGACUUCUGUCCCUAAUGUGCACUGUUCAGUUGAGCUGGGACGAUCUCUCCCGAUUCAAUACUAUGUCCAUACUUGGGUGCUGAUUUGACAUGUAUUAAGACUCGAUAUUAAGAUUUAUUGAGAUUUUUGUUAUCUUUUUUAACACUAGACCAUGGGGAGAGGUUGAAUCAUACACUUCUAGGAACUUUUACUUUGGAAAAUCUCUAAAUGAAUCCAGUAGAAAUGUUUGAUUUUCAGCAUGUAUGUCGUCAUUGUGAGGCAUUAUUUAUCAAAUCUUUUCCAGCAACGACAUUUCCCUCUCAAAUAAGUGGUAUUUAUUUUUAAUUUAUAAGGGUCAUGUAAUGUUUUAUACUUCUGGUGAAUAUAAUCCAUCAAUCUUAUUUCCAUAGAU